AUGGUGAAGCUGUUCAUUGGAAAUCUUCCCCGGGAGGCUACAGAGCAAGAGAUCCGCUCACUCUUCCAGCAGUAUGGGAAGGUGCUGGAAUGUGACAUCAUUAAGAACUAUGGCUUUGUGCACAUAGAGGACAAGACAGCUGCUGAGGAUGCCAUACGCAACCUGCACCGUUACAAGCUGCACGGAGUGAACAUCAAUGUGGAAGCCAGCAAGAAUAAGAGCAAAGCUUCAACCAAGUUACAUGUGGGCAACAUCAGUCCCACUUGUACCAACCAAGAGCUUCGGGCCAAGUUUGAGGAGUAUGGCCCAGUCAUUGAAUGUGACAUCGUGAAAGAUUAUGCCUUUGUACACAUGGAGCGGGCAGAGGAUGCAGUGGAGGCCAUCAGGGGCCUUGACAACACAGAGUUUCAAGGCAAACGAAUGCACGUGCAGUUGUCCACCAGCCGACUUAGGACUGCGCCCGGGAUGGGAGACCAGAGCGGCUGCUAUCGGUGCGGGAAAGAGGGGCACUGGUCCAAAGAGUGUCCAAUAGAUCGUUCGGGCCGCGUGGCAGACUUGACUGAGCAAUAUAAUGAGCAAUAUGGAGCAGUGCGUACGCCUUACACCAUGAGUUAUGGGGAUUCAUUGUAUUACAACAACACGUACGGAGCGCUCGAUGCCUACUACAAGCGCUGCCGUGCUGCCCGCUCCUAUGAGGCAGUGCAGCUGCAGCUGCGUCUGCAUAUAACUAUGCAGAGCAGACUCUGUCCCAGCUGCCACAAGUCCAGAACACAGCCAUGGCCAGUCACCUCACCUCCACCUCUCUCGAUCCCUACAAUAGACAUCUGUUGCCACCUUCAGGAGCUGCUGCUGCAGCAGCGGCUGCUGCUUGUACUGCAGCUUCUACUUCAUAUUACGGGCGGGAUCGGAGCCCCCUGCGUUGCGCUACAGGCCCAGUCCCCACUGUUGGAGAGGGCUACGGUUACGGGCAUGACAGUGAGUUAUCCCAAGCUUCAGCAGCCAUGCGGAAUUCCCUGUACGACAUGGCCCGGUAUGAGCGGGAGCAGUAUGCGGAUCGGGCGCGGUACUCAGCCUUUUAAAGUUUGAGGUGGGAUGUGUGUGGGCUGAAAUUCCGAGCUGCGGUUGUGCAUGAGAAUACACCCUUCGUGGUACCCCAUCUCCGGGACGUUCUCGGCUCUGUGCAUUCAGUCCCUCAGG